AUGUUAGCCCAGCUUAGUGUAAUAGUCAUUCUGUUCUCCUGUACCACAUGGCAAGUUCACGGCGCGGUCAAUUGUACAUCAGCAGGCCGUUAUGCCGAUCCAGCAGACGCAACGUGCAAACGUUACACCCUCUGCGUGUUUAUAAGUGUCAAUAACUCCUUCAUAUCCUACGACUACACCUGUCCAACGACAUCCGUAUUCAGUCCAGUGUCCAGACAAUGCACGACCAGCUACGUGUGUAACAACACCAACAGCACCACUCCCACAAACUCCACUGGGUUUACAUGCACAACUAAUGGAUUCUUCGCAAAUCCCAACGCGGUAGAUUGUUCUACGUACAUCCAGUGUGUUUCUAUUAAUGGAACUUUCGAUCAAUCCAUUCUCACCUGCCCGAAUAACACGUUCUAUAACCCAAAUACAACGCUGUGUGAUUUCAACUACAAUUGUACACAGACCCCAACAGCGACUUGUACAUCGGCAGGUAGAAUACCGGAUACGACGGAUACAACAUGCCAAAGAUACUUCUUGUGUAUCGCUACAACUAAUGGGACGUUGUUACAAUAUAACUACACCUGUCCGUCGACAUCAGUUUUUAGUCCCACUGCAAGGCUUUGUACCACUAAUUAUACUUGUCCGACCUAG